CAUCUUCCUCAACUCAAAGCCUUUUAAUUUUUCCAACUCAAACCCCCCACACCCGCCAACAUGCCUCUCACCGGUCACUGCCUUUGCAAGGCUGUCACUUACACCGUCAAGGACACCGAAGAGCCCCUCCUCACUGCCUAUGAUCACUGCGAUGACUGCCAGCGUCAGUCCGGCUCUACCUACUCCCUCGUUGCCGUAGUCCUCAAGGACAAGCUCGAGGUCAACGGUCCCGUCAAGAAGUGGAAGGGUACCGCCGACUCCGGCAACGCCGUCUGGCGCUGGUUCUGCGAGGAGUGCGGCUCUCCCAUCGCCCACGAUCCCGAGGCUGCUCCUGAGAUCAUUGCCCUCAAGGGUGGUUCGCUGUCGACUGAGAUCAAGAAGACUCUCAAGCCUGACACCGAGAUCUGGACCAAGAGCAAGCUCCCCUUCUGCCAGGAGCACUUGGCGAAGCCCUUCGAGGGCAUGCCCCAGUAAAUGGAGUGGCUCGGGGCUUUGUUUAUCAGUGAAUCAGAUCCAUGGGGGGGGGGGGGGGGGGGGGGGGGGCGUUUGAAAGAUGUGAGAAAUGAGAUACCUUGGGCGAGCGAUCGGUUUUGGGAUAGCAUACUAGAUCUCGGAACCGAGGAUGGUGACGGCGGCGGCGGCGUAGAUUAUGAAUUGAAAUUCAAGCACAUAUGAAAAGAAAACUUUGUACAAGGUUUUGGUGUACAAAGAGAAGUGAUGAUGAUGAACAUAGUGAUGGGCAAGUUAAGUAUGUACUAUAAGUGAAUAUGCGGUGAGCCAAUUCCCACCACGAAGCAUGGAGAAAAUAUGGAAACAGACU